CCACGUACCAAUUGAAGCAAAGAAUUCCAUAGUUCUCUCUAGAAAUAAAAGGCAAUGGAGAAAAUGAUGGUGAAAUUAUGUGUGUUGACUUUUUUCUUGCUAGCUACUUCUGUCCCUUCACUGAUGGCUGAUAUGAACGAUGACAAGGAAGACAAUGGGUUGUUGGUAUUGCCAAGUCAAACUAAGCUUGAGAAGGAAGUCAUACCAGCCGCUCUUAGCCAACUAUUUUUCACUCGUUAUGGUCAAGCAUAUUUGAAGAGGUUAGGGUUUUGUCUGAAUGUAAGGGUGUGCCAUUCUGAUGCGGAUUGUGAGGAUGCAAUAUGCGGACCUAAAUGUCAUUCAGACAUAGCUCUGGGACAUAUUUGUGGACAACACUCAUAAUCAAGUGACAAAUAAAAAUAGCUGGCCUGAUGAUAUUUCCAAUGUUAGUUUUACCCUGUUUCUGUAUUUCUCUAAUAAAAGUCGUGUGAUCGAUCUAUUUAGGCCAUAGAUGAACUACGUACAUCUUUAGUAUCUUUGGCCGAUAGGGCUUUCACAUUUCCGGUUGUACUUUUAUGAGGUGCAUGUGUUUGCAUCUUUUGAAUUGUCUUUCUUUA